CAUAUCCCUUAGACAUGAUGUCCUUCCUACAGAAACCAUUCUCAAUGUUUCUCCAAGUCCUUUUUUUUCUCCUUCUAAUGUGCUUUCCUUCUUUCUUUGCCUUUCCUCCUAACUCCGCUGCAACUUCAUUUGGUGCUGCUGAAGGUAAUAAAGAAGCGGAGGCUCUCCUAAAAUGGAAAGCAAGUCUUGAUGACAACCACAGCCAAUCUGUCCUGUCUUCUUGGGUUGGCAGCAGCCCUUGCAAGUGGCUUGGAAUCACUUGUGACAGUUCUACAAGUGUCGCGGAUUUCAGCCUUCCACAUUUUGGUCUGAGAGGUACGCUUCAUAGUUUCAACUUCUCAUCCUUCCCUAAUCUUCUCACUCUCAAUCUCUCAAACAAUUCACUCUAUGGAACUAUUCCAUUCCACAUUAGUAACCUAACCAAAAUCACCAAUUUAGACUUGUCUGAUAAUCAUUUCACAGGAAAUAUUCCACUUGAGAUAGGAUUGUUAACAAGUCUUAACUUUCUCUACCUUUAUGAAAAUAAUCUCACUGGUUUGAUCCCAGCCUCUAUUGGAACUCUAAAACGCCUAUCCAGUCUCAAUCUACGGGGUAACAAGAUCUCUAGCUUGAUACCUCCAGAGAUCGGAUCACUACAGUCUCUCAGUGACCUUGACUUGUCGAGCAAUGAUUUAAUUGGUAGGAUCCCUUCUUCUAUUGGAAAUCUGAGAAACUUAUCAAUUCUUUAUCUGGGGAAUAACAAACUCUCUGGUCCCAUUCCUUCUUCUAUUGAAAAUCUGAGAAACUUAUCAAUUUUUUCUCUGGGGGAUAACAAACUCACUGGUUUGAUCCCAGCCUCUAUUGGAACUCUAAAACACCUAUCCGGUCUCUAUCUAUGGGGUAACAAGCUCUCUGGCUUCAUACCUCCAGAGAUAGGAUCACUACAGUCUCUCAGUAACCUUGACUUGUCGAGCAAUGAUUUAACUGGUAGGAUCCCUUCUUUUAUUGGAAAUCUGAGAAACUUAUCAGUUUUUUCUCUCUGGGAUAACAAACUCUCUGGUCCCAUUCCUUCUUCUAUUGGGAACAUGAUUAAGCUCAUUGAUUUGCGUCUUAGUAAAAAUAAUCUCACCGGUUUGAUCCCAGCCUCUAUUGGAACUCUAAAACACCUAUCCAGUCUCUAUCUAUGGGGUAACAAGCUCUCUGGCUUCAUACCUCCAGAGAUAGGAUCACUACAGUCUCUCAGUAACCUUGACUUGUCGAGCAAUGAUUUAACUGGUAGGAUCCCUUAUUCUAUUGAAAAUUUGAGAAACUUAUCAAUUCUUUCUCUGGGGGAUAACAAACUCUCUGGUCCCAUUCCUUUUUUUAUUGGAAACAUGACUAAGCUCAUUGAUUUGCGUCUUAGUGAAAAUAAUCUUACUGGUUUGAUCCCAGCCUCUAUUGGAACUCUAAAACACCUAUCCAGUCUCAAUCUCUUGGGUAACAAACUUUCUGGAUCCAUUCCUUCUUCUAUUGGAAACAUGACUAAGCUCACUCGACUUUAUCUGAACAUUAAUAAUUUAUCUGGAUCUGUUCCUCGGGAAAUAGGACAACUUGAAUCCCUUGUUGAAUUGAGUUUGCACACUAAUAAUCUCAAUGGUUCUGUACCCCACGAGAUGAAUAACCUCACACAUUUGAUGAGUUUGCAAUUGUCUUCAAACAAUUUCACUGGCCAUUUACCACGAGACUUGUGCCUUGGUGGGUUGCUUGUAAAUUUUACAGCCGACUACAAUCAUUUUUCUGGUCCAAUCCCUAAAAGCUUGCGAAAUUGUACUCGUCUAUUUAGAGUUAGGCUUGAAUGGAACCAAUUGACGGGGAAUAUUUCUGAAGAUUUUGGCCUCUACCCACACUUGAACUAUGUGGACCUAAGUCACAAUGAUUUCUAUGGUGAGCUUACGUGGAAAUGGGGAGGUUUUCACAACUUGACGAGCCUAAAAUUGUCAAACAAUAAUAUCACCGGUGAGAUACCAUCAGAGCUUGAAAAGGCUACUGGGCUACAAAUGAUUGAUCUCUCGUCAAAUCUCCUGAAGGGGACAAUUCCAAAAGAAUUGGGGCAGUUGAAGGCGUUGUUCAACCUUGCUCUUCAUAACAACCAUCUAUUUGGUGUCCUUCCCGUUGAAAUCCAAAUGCUAUCUCAACUUCGUGUCCUGAAUUUAGCUUCUAAUAACCUUGGUGGAUCAAUCCCAAAACAAUUGGGAGUGUGCUCAAAUUUAUUACAGUUGAACUUGAGUCAUAAUAAGUUCACAGGGAGCAUCCCAUCUGAGAUAGGCUUCCUGCGUUUUCUUGGAGAUCUAGAUCUCAGUGGGAAUCUUCUGGCAGGAGAGAUACCAUCAGAAAUUGGGCAAUUGAAACAGUUAGAAACGAUGAACCUCUCUCACAACAAACUUUCCGGUUUGAUUCCAACUGCUUUUGUAGAUUUGGUGAGCUUGACAAUUGUAGACAUCUCCUACAAUGAACUAGAGGGCCCUAUCCCCAAAAUCAAAGGCUUCAUUGAAGCUCCAUUUGAAGCUUUUAUGAAUAAUAGUGGCCUCUGUGGAAAUGCCAGUGGUCUAAAGCCUUGUACACUUCUUACAAGCAGGAGAAAGAGCAACAAAAUUGUCAUUUUGAUUCUUUUUCCUCUCCUGGGCAGUCUACUUCUACUACUUAUCAUGGUUGGGUGUUUAUACUUUCACCACCGAACAAGUAGAGAAAGAGUUUCCUGUUUAGGAGAGCGACAAAGUCCACACAAUUUUGUAGUAUGGGGCCAUGAGGAAGAGAUCCUACAUGACACUAUCAUCCAGGCCACUAAUAAUUUCAACUUCAAUAACUGCAUUGGGAAAGGGGGAUACGGAAUUGUUUAUCAAGCCAUGUUGCCAACAGGUCAGGUGGUUGCCGUGAAGAAACUUCACCCAUCAAGAGAGGGCGAGCUUAUGGAUUUGAAAACUUUUAGAAAUGAGAUUCGCAUGUUAAUAGAUAUUCGACAUCGGAAUAUUGUGAAGUUAUAUGGAUUUUGUUCAUUAGUAGAGCACUCUUUUUUAGUUUACGAGUUCAUAGAAAGGGGAAGUUUGAAGAUGAAUUUAUCUAGCGAAGAACAGGCAAUGGACUUGGAUUGGAAUAGAAGGCUUAAUGUUGUUAAAGGAGUGGCCAAUGCAUUAUCCUAUUUGCACCAUGAUUGCUCGCCUCCAAUCAUUCAUCGAGACAUUUCCAGCAGCAAUGUUCUUUUAGAUUUGGAAUACGAGGCUCAUGUAUCGGAUUUUGGGACAGCUCGGCUCUUGAUGCCUGACUCAACCAACUGGACUUCAUUUGCUGGCACCUUCGGAUACACAGCUCCAGAGCUAGCUUACACAAUGAGAGUGAACGAGAAGUGCGAUGUCUACAGCUUUGGAGUGGUCACAAUGGAAGUAAUAAUGGGAAUGCAUCCGGGUGAUCUCAUCUCAUCUCUUUCUGCAUCAGCAUUUUCCUCCUCGUCGUGCUCACAAAUCAACCAGCAUGCAUUGUUGAAGGAUGUGAUAGACCAGCGUAUCCCACUUCCUGAAAAUCGAGUUGCAGAAGGCGUGGUCUCCAUUAUCAAAAUAGCAUUUGCAUGCUUGCUUGCCAAUCCCCAAUCUAGGCCAACCAUGCGACAAGUAGCUUCGGAGCUCAUAGCUCGAUGGCCUCCGCUGCCAAAGUCAUUCUCCGCAGUAACAUUGGAAGAUCUGAUGCCUCAAACGACUGUGACAGGCUGAGAAUUUUCCAAAAGAUUUUCUAUAAUUAUAUAGUAUGUGAUUGUUUCUACUUAUGUUACUUUCAAUUUUCGUAGCUUUGUUUGUAAUAAAUUAUUUCUCUGCUUUGUAUUUUGUUUCUUCAACGAUUAAUAUGUUUUAAUACAGUAUUAUUAUCAAUCAAAGUGAAUAAAGGCUCUCUGCUAUAAUGAGGA